CUGCCUGCAAGCACCCACGAAUAGCUUCAACUUCUGAUUGGAGAGAAAGUGCCACUGGCGAGACUUGCAUGGUUCCACGUACCGGGAGCAUGGGGGCGGCGGAGCAAGGCUGCGCUUUGACCUCAUCCUCCCUCCCUAUCCUUCCCAAUACUACAAAUGCUCGUCCUGGGCCUCGUCGUGAUUGAUGUGGCACGCGUUCUUCCCAUUUCUCCCAUUUUCAACCAUGGCCGCAGCUUUUACAACUUCCUACACGUCCUCCGCAUCGACAACGUCGAUCGCAGGACCGUUGAUGACUGCUUUCACUCCGCCAGACCAUUGUAACAACGUUGUCAAGUCGUCAUGUGUCCUUUCCACGCCUUACAGUUACACCAGUAUUGGAACUUCCUUGUCAUACUCUUAUGGCGAUCCAGUCACGUCCUGUGCCUAUGUGGAGCGCGACCUGUCAUGCGGUUCCGAUGGACAGGCCACUCGUGACAGUGCAUGUUUCCCAGACAAUAACGGUGGUGGUAGUGGCACGUUGCUAUUCUCUCCUGGGACAGGCUGUCCUGGUCAGUGGGAGAUGAAGAGUGAGGUUAUAUUAUCCAGCAAAACCACUGCAGUGUGCUGCCCGUCUGGCUAUGAAGAGCAUACCGACUAUGCGAGUUGUACUAGUGUUAUCUCCUACACUGAUGGUACCGCUCCUGCCGUAUCUUGCUCUAGCGGCGGAAACACGGUAUUCGACCUUCUUACUUAUAGUACCUAUACCUCAGCCUAUGAUGCCAGUUCCACAUCGAUCUACACCAGUAUUUAUUCGACAUAUCGUAUCGUCUGGGCGCAAAGAAUCCUCGUUGCUUAUCCCACUACCUCUGCAAGCGACGGACGGGUCACCCCGCUCGGGGAGCCAACUUCUACCAACAACCCCGAGGGAGGUUCCGCAGUACCAACACCUAAACCGGAUGAUAAAUCUGGUCUCGGGGCAGGCGCUAUCGCGGGCAUCGUCGUGGGAGUGGUCGGCGCGCUGCUUCUGGUCGGCGCAUUUUUCUUCUGGCGUCGCCGCCAACAAAAGCAUCACCAUGCACCAAUCCCAAAGUCUAGUCCGACAGGAGAGCAUGAUGCGUUACCGGAGUUUGUUGCAACGAGUGGUACGAGUACCGGCCCUGCACAGAUGACCGCGGCCAAUUCCAAUGGGUUGUUCCAACCACAGCCGGAGUUGAGGUCUCCACGAUGAGACCGCGAUGGUCGGUCGGUAGUUUUGCAUAUUGAGGACGCUUAAGUUCAAGCGCGCCUGUUUCGAG